UUCCAACGCAAUGAGCGGUCCCAUCCGACGUUGCUAACAGCUUCCAAGAUUUACCAUGAACACAUUCUUGCAGUCGCUUUCCAGGCUGAAUCCGUGUCAGCCUUUCCCGAACGCCGGCCCGAGAUUCCCUUCCCUCUCUCCUUCUUUGGCACUCAGAUGCCCUCUGGCAAUUGUCGAGCCGCUGUUGCUAUGCUGAAGAGAAGAGCGCCGAAAGCGUGUACUCUUUGUCGGAAUCGAAAAGUACGCUGCGAUGUGACCCGGACAGGAACUCCAUGUUCGAACUGCUCCAGAGCCUCUGCCAUCUGCUGCGUGGACAGUGCACGAAAACGAAGGCUAGAGCAGCGCCCUAGUGAGCACAGCCUGCCCCCAGCGAAUUUGCACACAUUCCGGAUCGACUUGCCUGACACAAGCGAUGCGAUCAAUGACGAGACUAUCGAUACUGGUGCAACCGACCUCGAGCCAGUCACGCCGGACAACAUCCUUACCAAUGCUACGCAGAUCCAUUUUCCUGAACCCGGAGAAGGCAAUGUGUCGGACGUGCAUCCGUCACUUGACGAAGAUCAGCUGCCACCCUACAUCACCCCUCUUCCCGAAGAUCUUGAUCAUGACAUUCUGCAGCUACUACGACGGCGAGGUGCACUCAUGCUCCCUAGUCAAGGAAUGAUCCAGGAGCUGUUGAGAAGUUUUGUCUGUUACAUGUAUCCCAUGCUGCCACUCCUGGAUCUGGGUAGUUUCCUCGGCUCUAUCGACGGCACAAGCAGGGAUACUAUAAGCCUGGUUUUAUUUCAGGCAGUAUUAUUUGCAGGUUCCACCUUUGCAGAUGUAGGCCACUUGCAGAAUGAGGGGUUUCAGAGUCACAAAGACGCGAGGAAAACCUUCUUCGACCGUGUGAAGCUACUCUACGAGAUGGACGUGGAGUCUAAUCCAACGACGAUGGUUCAGGUGCUGCUUCUAAUGACUUUUUGGUAUGGCCGGCAAAACGAUACAAAGGGACGAUUUUAUUGGCUAAGAAUUGCCCUGUCUCUAGCCACCGAUAUAGGUUUGGACAAUGAGCAUCACCUUUCGGACCUGCCGGAGAGACAGCGACUGGGGCGAAACCUGUGGUACUGCUGUCUCGUUAGAGACAAGCUGCUUUCUGUCACGGAGCGACGACAGAAUGCCCACGAGGGCGACAGUCUGGUCUUUCCAGGUCCAUCGACAGACGACCUCACCGCGGGCUUGGCUCCAGCAUUGUAUAAGUACUACAUGCCUGGGUGUGACCUUGAGGUACAGAGCCUAGGUCAAUUAUUUGCUCAAAAAGUUAAAUUGUGUCUGAUCAUUGGACGCAUUCUCGAUUCGCAAUACGAGCUGUGUGGCGUUCGACGAAUUGAUUCGAGCGAGACUUUCAUGGUAUUGAUACCAAAGCUUGAAGCUGCUCAUUCAGAGGCAGUAGUUCGCGACCAGGAGCUUCGGGAUUGGUAUGCUGAGACAUUUUCAAUCAGAGCUGCUGCUUUUGGGCGGGAUCAUCGCUGCAAUGGGCCGGUGUUGGGCGUGCAUUCCGCCACCCUGGAGUUACUAUACUAUACUGCUCUUUGCACCGUUCAUCGACCACUACUUCUGCAACCCCAACCUGAGGACUCUGCUGCUGGCGCGCUGAAAAAUUUCGCCAGGCUCACACUCCGCUCUGCCGCCAGACGAAUUUCUGAAAUUGGGAGACAUCUGCACGAGGGGCUCCUAAUACAUCGUCUGUCACCUGUUGGAGUGGGUGCUUUCAUUGCAGCCUCCAUACAGCACCUCAAAGACGCUUUAUCUACGGAUGCGGAGUUACGGGCCACCGGAAGACUCUAUCUCAGUCAGACUCUCCAGGCAUUGGCAGAAUUACGGAAAAGGUACAAUUCUGCGGAUUGUGCAAUGAACUUCAUCGAACGCGUCACAAGUGGUGGGCUCCCGUAUCAGUCCUUCGAGUGGGAAGACAGGGCUCAAUCUGAAAGACUCCGUCAUGGGAACGUAGCAACCACCUCCCAGGCUCAGCCGGAAUCCGGCAGUACCGUAGGUACAAGCACAGGAAACAUCUCAUCGCUGCACACUAUGCAGACUGUCAUGCAAAGGAAUAAUGGACGGAGCGUCAACAACAUAGUCGACAUUUUCUCUGCAAACGUAGGGGACAGCAUGCUUUAUCCUACGGAAUCCAAUAUCGAGGCCAUUUCCGAAGUGCUAAUGUCGGCACCCUUUGACGCCAGCGAUAUUGACUGGGCAAGUAUGGAUCUGUCUUACGCCGAAGCCAUGGCAAUUUAAGUCGUGAAAAACAUCUGUGAACACCGCAACGAGUGUGUUUAUUUGAGUCUAUGGAACAGGGAUUUGGCCUCUAUCUCUCGUCUAAGAAGCAAUGGCAAUCUUCAGGAUGACCUCCACCAAGUCUUCUGUGGCGGUCAGAUUUGGAGCAUGAUUUGUGCUCAGCUUGUGAAUGUCCACCUCUUUACCAGUUGCAGCCUUGAUGUUGUUGAUAUAAUGUUC